CGCCUCUCCGCCUGCAGCGCUGCUGCCUUGAGUCGAGGGUGAGUGAGAGAGCAGCUAUUGGUACGGCUGAGAGAUGAGACGACUACGCCUACUUGUGUCGUCGAUCAGCGUGUUCGUCGGCGUCUUCACCUGACGAAGAGAGGCCCGGACAGACGGCCCAUGCUGAGGGGCGACAGUGCGAUUGCGGUCACUUUGGCCGGUACAGGCUGGGAGUCAGGUCUGGCAGACUUUCGCGAAGCAAGACAUGUUAAGGCGCAACAGACUAAUGCAGCUUCAAGUCGCAAGCACCUGACCUCGUUCAAAAGGCGUCUCAUGCACUUUGACUUGGGUGCGAGAGAGAACAGCGACGGAUCUGGGGGAUGCAACGGGACUCAGGCUGGGCUGUCCGACGCCAAGCUGCUUAACAUUCAGGCUGAAAUGGGCGCCCCUCAGCCUGUUCACCAGCAUUGACGCCGUCAAGUCGAGCUUCAGGAGCUCUCAUGUCACGAGCCUUAUCGCAUCAAGGUUCCGACCGCUGCAAAGCACCCGCUCGAUGCGCCGAACGAGGAUGAGAUUCUCGCAGUUACGGCCACGAUAAGGCCAUAUCUCGUU